CUACUCCACAGAUGGUUAGUGAAGGGAUCAAAUCGCAUCGACAAAUUGUUAACCUGGCAGCUCUUCCAUUGUUCAGCACAAAUUCAUUUUCAAUCAUGGUCAUCACGAUUGAGCGGUUGCCGGAAUGGAUCCGGAUUCAGAGCGACGACGGGAGCAGCGAUCAUUCUCCAUGGCUACGUCUCAGCCCGAUCGAUUCCCUGAUGCCAAGCUAUCACGUCCCACUCCUCCUUGCAUUCUCUUCGAAGCUACGUACCUCUUCUCGCUUGAAAGAUUCGCUCGAAAAGGUGUUGGGCUACUACAUGGAGCUCGCGGGUCGGAUUGGAAGAGAUGAAUCUGGGGAUCUGGCUAUUCGUCUUAACAACGAGGGAGUUUUUUGGGUGGAAGCCGUCGCAACGGAAACAUUGGUCGAGUUUCUGGGUAGCGAUGAUGGUCAUGGAAAUAUUCACAAGCUUACACCCAUGUCAUCAUCGAACAAUCUAGAUUCAAGCAAGAUUUCGAUCAGUGAAGUUUACUCGUUCCAGAUCACAAGCUUUAGCUGUGGAGGAUUUGCGCUGGGGCUUGGAAUCCAGCACCACGCCGCCGAUUGCAACGCGGUCCCCGGCUUCCUGGCCGACUGGGCAGCACUCGCGAGCGGCAAAGCCGCGAAGUUUUCGGACAGUCGCUCGUCCGAUCGUACCUUGAUGAUGCCCCGGGAUCCACCCAUGCCGGAGUUCGAGCACCCCGAGUACGCGCUCACGCCGAAGCACUACACAGUCCUCACCCCGGAGGAAUCCAAAGCCCUCACCACUCGACGGAUCCACUUUCGCAAAGGCGAGCUCGAUCGGCUCAAAAACAGUGAAAGCGCUGGAGGAUCUAGCUCCACAUUCGUGUGCCUGGCAGUCCAUCUCUGGCGGCUCAUCACCAUGGCCAGGGGAGUCAGCGGCGGCCGCCGCACGGUGCUCUACUGCCCGGUCAAUGGUCGCCGUGGACUCUCACUCCCGGUUGACUACUUUGGCAACGCCGUGUUCCGGGCGCGCUGUGAGGUCAGCGCGGAAGAUCUCACGGAGAUCCAAAAUCCAUGUCGUAGAAGGGCAAUCGAGCCCAGCUUGUGAUGACCAAGUUGGGAUCGAAGCUGAUCCUCGUGAAUCCGGCGCUGUCGUGCUGCUCUGA